AAACCUCAUUGGCUGGGAUCAGUGACGCACUUCUGAAAGCCGCAGUUUGGCACUAUCUUUUCCAUUUCCUGCUCCUUCCGCCUUCCCGCCAUCCGGCCUCCACACGAUUCAGCCGGGUGGUGUUAGCCCCCUGGACUCCAUUCCUGAGGCAAACAGUGCCCCUUAAGGUCGGCGACAGCCUCUUCUGGGUUCACUGCAGUCCAACCGGUUCCCUACCCUCCGCCAUUAUGAACAUCCGCAACGCUCGGCCAGACGACCUGAUGAAUAUGCAACACUGCAACCUCCUUUGCCUGCCUGAGAACUACCAGAUGAAAUACUAUUUAUAUCAUGGCCUUUCCUGGCCCCAGCUUUCUUACAUCGCUGAGGAUGAGGACGGGAAGAUUGUGGGCUAUGUUCUGGCCAAAAUGGAGGAGGAACCAGAUGAUGUCCCGCAUGGCCAUAUCACCUCACUGGCCGUGAAGCGUUCACACCGGCGCCUCGGCCUGGCCCAGAAGCUGAUGGACCAGGCCUCCAGGGCCAUGAUAGAGAACUUUAACGCCAAAUACGUGUCUCUGCACGUCAGGAAGAGUAACCGGGCAGCCUUGCACCUCUAUUCUAACACCCUCAACUUUCAGAUUAGUGAGGUGGAACCUAAAUACUAUGCAGAUGGGGAAGAUGCUUAUGCUAUGAAGCGGGAUCUCUCGCAGAUGGCAGAUGAGCUGAGACGACAAGUGGACCUGAAGAAGGGCGGGUAUGUGGUCCUGGGCUCCAGGGAGAACCAGGAGACCCAGGGCAGCACACUUUCUGAUUCUGAAGAGGCCUGUCAGCAAAAGAACCCGGCUACCGAAGAAAGUGGCAGUGACAGCAAAGAACCUAAGCAGUCUGUGGAGAGCACCAACGUCCAGGACAGCUCAGAAAGCUCGGAUUCCACCUCCUAGAGCAUGCUUAAGCAUUUCAGGUCCUCAUGUCUCAACCACAUCUACUCUGUGAACCCUGGCUUAGUCUGUCUGCUCUGCAGCAUCUGCUGUGGGGAUCAUCUCACGGUGACCAGAAUGGCUGCUCACUCUUAACUCUAUAAACAACCACCUUUCACAUAUCCUGCUGGGAUCGUGAAGGAAUACCUGGACACAAGAGCCACUGCACAACAGCCAAGGAACUUUGAGACCUGCCAUUACAGAACCUUUCUUGGCCUACUCACACUAUGCUGCCAUUUUAUUCUGUUUGUAGUAGUCCUCUGUUGGGUGUGGUUAUCCUGCAAGUUUUUCUCCUUUUAGAAUGAUGAACAGGAAGCAGGGCAAACUCUUAAAGAUUUCCAGCUUUCAGUUUUUGUUUUUGUUUUUUAACCAUUAUUUACGUGAGUUUUCAUCCUUGAGGAGGUGAAGUAGUCAGGACCAUGAAGUCAGACCUCAUGCCCUCUUCCUCCUCUUUCCUGGACGAAGUAUUCGGUUUCCUUUUCCUUUCUCUCGUAAGUCCUCCUUUAUACUAUUCCCCCCUCCCUUUUUUUUGAGGAGGAGGGCAUCACCUUCCCAGUGGGAAAAGGUGUUAAGUUAGGAGCUUCUACUUUACAAUCAGAACUUGGAGAUUUUAAGAAAAGGACAAACGGUAAUUAAGUUGGAAUCUCUAAUGUGCUUGUUUGUGUUAGUUUUUUUGUGAUUAUGUCACUUGGCAUUUAUUGAGUACCUGCAGUGUUCACACACAAUGCUGGGGCCUUCUUUAGUUAUAUAUUUAACCCUCUCAGCAACCCUGUAAAGUAGGUAGUAUUAUCCCUGUUUUACAGAUGAGGAAACUGAAGCUCAGAGAAGUGAAUUAAAUAUCCUGGAUCUGAACCCAAUUCUGUUUGAAUUCAAAGCCAAAGUUCCUUCUACUUUUCUGUUCCUGCUCUUUGCAUUUUAUGUAUAAAUGUGUUAAAAUUUUAGCAAAAAUGGAGAAUCUGCUGUUUAAAAAUGUGUUUGCUUAAUACAUGGCUACUGUAUGUCAAUUGUAAAUAUUUAUAUAACCUACAAUUAUAAUCUAUUUUUAUUAUUUUUCUCUAGUAAAAAUAAUUGAAGACAAAGUACCUUGACCUCUGCAGUAAAAGUUACCAGAUAAAUCCAGAGUUAUCAGUACUUAAUGUUGUUUUUAUGUUCACUGAAUGUGAAUUACCAAAGUAUAUAACAUUUUUCAUGUUUAAACUUUUAUGAAAACUGGUGUGUAUGGAUUUAAGUCAAAGCCUGGACUUUAUCUGGUGACAAGAGGUAAGUCUUUUCUGUGUAAUCGUAAUUAGCCCUGCUAAGCAGUUCUUACAGAUCUACCCCAGUGCACUCUAAGAAUGUCUACCUAAUGGUAAAUGAUUGCCUGAGGCAGAUAUAAAAGUUUUUCCCUACAUGAAAGGAUUUGCCAUUUCUUGUGCCAAUACAGUAUGAUAAAAUCUAUCUUUCCAUCUUUUCCUUUUUUCUUUUUAAUAUUCUAUCUCAACGCUAAAUUAUUUUAUUCUUUCCUCUCAACCAUGUGUUUAUCUCUUUAUUUUUAAAUAUUACAGCUUUCUAACAUCUGUCUCUAGGGCAGCAUAAUCUUACUGAUGAAGUAUUCCAUGUUUUCCUUGAGCUUUUGUCAGUAUGUCUUUGUGUUAACAGCUUAGCAGAUGGAGAAACAGAAGGAGUAGCCUCAGCUUACCUGAAUGAUUUUUCUCCAGCACCAGGCACAUUGACUUGCUGUCUCUAGUAACUUGAUAGGAGUUGGAGCAAUUGGAAAAUGGGAAAUGAUAUAUGACUUCUGCAGUGUUAUUUUCUAAAACAAUUGGCUGCAAUUUUUUGUUAUCAUUAUAUCUUCUUUCCCAAUCUCGUACCAGGAGAAAGCAGAAUUAUAGCAGCCUAUCUGGUUUGGGCUAUCCCUGUUUAGAUAAUGAAAAUAAAAUAAACAAUAAUACUAAUAUUGCUUUGGGCAUAGAUUAGCAUGUUCAUAAUGGUUCCAGGACAGUAGUGGUGACUUAGCAGCAGCAGUGGCUUUUUGAAACACAAAUUGUGAGAGUCUGUGGCACCAUUUUUUUUGUAAUAGCAUUGUUCUUUUUACACAGGAAAAGUGAUUUUUUUUUUUUAAAAUUCUGAAGGGACUGACUACUUUUUACUGAGGCACAGUCCUAGAGAGAGCAAAGCAAGGCUUUGAAGCAAGGAGGGAGGACAGUUAAUGGUGUGAAUACCCUUUUACUAGCUAUAUUUUAUUCACUUGCAGCUUUAAAUAAACUGGAUGUGCUCAGGUCUGCUAGCAGAUUAUUUAAAGAUAUUGAUCAGCUCACUAAGUUUUCUUUGGUUAAAAGAGGAAAACUUGUGAGUGAAGCCUGUGAGUUCCUAGUUAGAGUCUGUGUGGUUUUCCCUUUGGAGAUAAGAGCAAGAAGCGAGGGAUGACCAUCUGAAAUAAAAAUAAUGGGGUGUGGAUAUAUGGGAGAAAUGGGGAAUAGUACUGGGAAUUAGUCCACAGCCAGGAAAAUUUAGAAAGGAUCAGGACUGAAACACUGGAAAGAAAGCUUUAUUUUUUAUGUGCAGCUAAGUCAUUUGGGUAUUAUGUUAAAAAAUGCAGAUUUUUUUUUUGAGUAUGUCUGGUGGGGCCUGAGUAUCUGCAUUUCUAACUAGUUCCUACAUUGCUCAUGUUGCUGGUCCCGGAACCACACUUUGACUAGUAAGGGUCUUAAAGCUCAUCUCCAACCCUUGGACUGGGGUCCAAAACACCUGUGACUAUCCAUUAGGUCAUUUAAUAAUAGAUUAGACCCUAAAUAAUUCAGAUUCCCCUUCUUAAAUAUACAUUUACAUAAAUCCUGUUUGAGUUUAUGUCUUGAUGGCCUAAUAAUUUCAAUAAAAAUAGUUUGUUAAAAACGUGUACAAAAAAAGUGUAUAUAGUAUAAAAUGUAUUGAUAACAUUAUAUCUAUUAGGAUGCUUUGAUAUAACAAUUUUGCCUCAUUGGCUUCUAGGCAAGUGAAUGGUGUAUGAGGUUUUUAAAAGUUUCACUUCUAAUUCUCACUCAAUUUAUCGUGUUCAUUGGUUGAUGAAUUAGCUCAGACACUGAAAUUGUUUUCCAUGCUGACAACAUUUGACAGGAUUUGAAAAAGACUGAGUCUUUUUUUUUUAAAUUUUAAGGAGCAGCAGACCUGUAUAUGGGUUCAGGUGGUCUAAUAGAGAUUUUUCCAUCCAGGGAUAAGAAUUUCUAGCCUAUUGUUUCUCAAAGUAUAGUUCAUAUGCUUAGUGCAUCAGAAUCACCUGGGUGCUAUGUGAAAAAUGCAGUUUCUUUGUCUCUGGCUCAGACUUAAAAAAUCAGUCCUGUAUUUUUAACAACCCUCCAGGUGAUUGUUUUGCACACUGUCAUCUGAAAAUCACUGAUCAGUACAAGGCGUUGAAUUCUUCAUAAAGAUAAUAUGAAGGGAGCUUUUUUCCAUGGUAAUACUCUCCAGACAAACUAAUUCAUCAAAAGAAGCAAAUAAUUCAGAGGAGAUAUAACAAAAUUUUGUUUAUUAUAAAACAUAGGGGAAAGGGUGAGAUGGUAUAUGGGAACUCUGCUCACUUUCUGUAAAAACUGUUCUAAAAAUAAUUUAUAAAUUAAAAAUAUUUUAAAAGUACGUGUGAACAUUCGACACACAUUCUUCCAUAUGUAUUUUACAUAAAUGUGAGAUCAUGUAUGUUAUUUUUUAGGGCUUUUUUGGUCAUUACUUUCUUCCUCAUCCUUUCUUUUCAAGCAAACAAUAGCUACAACUUGGCAAUGGCAGUAUACAGCACAAGCCUGAAGGAUGAGAACAUUCACAAAUCACACCAUGAAAUUUGUCCCAAUUUGUUUCCAGAGCAAAAAUCUCAAAUUCUGUAGUGUCUUGUUAGGAACCAGACACCUAGCAUGUCUGGAACCACAUGUCCUUCCAUGCAUGUCAUUAGCUCCUCAUAUCCCAUCACCAUCUGGGCGUCUUGAGUUAGAACUUUUAAGAACACAGUACCCAGCCAAAAUCCAGUGAAACAGACUAAGUGACUUAUCAAGGUCCUUUUUUAUAUUAAUACUUUUUCCUAGACAUGAAUGCUGCUUUGAAAUCCAGUAAGACACAGAUCAUUUCCUUGAGGUGCACUUGAAGGGUUAAACACCAUGUUUCCUUAUUAGGGCAUGGGAAUUACGUUUUGUGAAGUUCUGGGGAAAAAGACUCUUUUCAUUUUAAAUCAUACAUGUAUUGCUUUCCUAACCAAAAUUAAGAUAGAUUUCACACCUUUGGAAUGGUGUCAUCACCUCAACUGCAUUUUACAGGAGCUUACCUAGAGAACACAGUCCUUAGCAAGUUGAGCGAUUUUCACAAGAGGUGGUUCAAUAGAGUGAGAAGUCACAGAGUGCAGAGUCCAACAGCUUAAAUUUUAGUCCUAGUUUGGCUUGUGACCACCUGGAUAUCCUCUAGCACAUCAGUUUUCUCAUUUACAAAAUAGAGAUAAAAAUAACUUUUGUGCUUUCAGGGUUAUUGUGUAAUGAGUUAGUGUAAAAAAAAACCUGCAUUGUAAUUUGUAAAAAAUGUUACUGUAAACAUUUUUACUUUUAGACAUUUUUACCCCUCAAUUUAAACUGGUGUAGAGUAACAGUGAUCAUUUUUUUUUUGUUUCCUCUUUAAUGGUCCAGAAAAGAACCAGUGUUUCAGAGAAUGUAUUAUCAAACAAUAACUAUGUCAGCAAUGACAAAUAUAUGCAUGUAUGUGGACAUUUUAAGGGAUAAAAUAUGGAGAAAGUGAAUUCCUGUAAAUAUAGCAAGCCAACUUUCUAUACAUUCAUUUAAAAAGACCCAAUAAAAGUUACCUUUUACUCUCUAUGACCUAAGCAUUCAUAUGUAACAUAUUUUUCAUGUAAAGUGAACUGUACUUAAUCUCCUAUUUACAUGGUUUUGAAUAAAGGAAUUCACACAAACACACAUACACACAGUGACCAAAAUUUUUACAUAUUCGAAAACUUCAGUAAACCGGCUGGGCGUGUUGCCUCAUACCUGUAAUCCCAGCUAAUCAGGAGGCUGAUGUGGGAAGAUCUCUUGACGCCAGGAGUUCGAGAUCAGCCUGGGCAGCCUAAGCAAGACCCCAACUGUUUUUUUUUUGAGAUGGAGUCUCUCUCUGUCACACUCGGGCUGGAGUCCAGUGGCACAAUCUCAGCUCACUGCAACCUCCACCUCCCAGGUAAUUCUCCUGCCUCAGCCUCCCGAGUAGCUGAGACUACAGGUAUGUGCCACGACGCCUGGCUAAUUUUUGUAUUUUUAGUAGAGACGGGGUUUCACCAUGUUGGCCAGGCUGGUCUCGAGCUCCUAACCUCAGGUGAUCUACCUGCUUUGGCCUCCCAAAGUGCUGGGAUUACAGGCAUGAGCCACCCCGCCCGGCGAAGAUCCCCAACUCUUAAAUAAAUAAAACAUUAGUAAACCAUGAUAGUACAUUAGGGCAAGCAUCUGGCUGGUUUUUCAUUACCGGAACUCUAACGAGAGUGUUAAGUCUGGCUUUUAUUCCUGAAAGCUGGUACACAAGUUAAAAGUUUGACUGUUUGUUAAAUAAUAAAUGUUAUAAAGAAUUUUGAAAAAUCAUGUACUCUCUUGUAUAAGGUGGUCUUUAAUAAACAAAUAUUUCUAAUUGCUCCUUUGGCAAUCAAGACAUUUUUGCAUUCUGGGACAGUGUCGCUUAGUAAGAUUCCCAGUGGGUGAGAAGUACAUCUCUUUUGUAAAGUGGCAGAUAGAUUAAUGUGAAAGAAAGGCGAGAAAGAG